AUUACAUGAUACCACACCAAGGUACAAACAAUGUCCACUCUAAGUGUAUUCGUGGGGAGAGAAAGGGAAAUAGCGGAUAUUGUAUCUAAUUGGCAUACAAACAACACAUUUUUAGUUUAUGGACUACGAUCUAUAGGGAAAUCAACAUUGAUUAGAAAAUAUCUGUCAGUUCUGAAAUCGGACACACCAGAACUUACGUUUACCUGGAUUGAUAUGAGAUCAAUAAAACACCUUCGCCAGGUGUACAUAUCUCUGAUCGGGUCUCUGUCGUCUUCGGAUAUUCACAUGGAAAUCGACUGGAUGAACGGAAUCGUAGAGUUGAUAAAGACAAAUGUGUGUAGCGAUCAUGUCAUCAUAUUUGAUAACGCCGAAGAUACCAUUGAAGAUGGGCGGUGUACUGAAUUUCAAAAUUUGUGCCAAGUUUGUAUCUCCAGUUCAGAAAAAGUGAAAGUGAUCGUUACAUCUACAACUGAAAUUGGGUUUAAGGACAGUACGUUCUCUUUGACUUUAUCUCCUCUAUCGACGGAGAGUUCUGCUGAACUGUUACAAACAUGUGCUCCCUCUGUAAACUUUGGAGCCAGCUUGGCGAGCAUUGUCGAUCUGUGUGGAGGCUUUCCUCUGGCUGUACUGAUGACGGCGUCUAUUUUAGAAGACAGAGAUACUCUUUUUACACCAAGUGAUAUGGUCGACUUACUUCAGCUAUAUCGUCUUAAAGUCCUCAGUCAGGACGUCUAUCAGCGGCAGGAGAGAAUAGCAAUUGUGUACGGAGAAUUCCUAAAGAGACUGAGCGGGAUCCUCACAGGAAGGCUAUCCAUUAUCUGCUAUAUCCCUGGAUCAUUCACGAUAGAACAAGUAACGGAGAUGAUCGGACACAAAACAGACGGAGAAACAAAGAGGUUGACCCUUGACCCGGUGAUGCGUCAUCACGUGGUACACUAUGACCAAUCCACACGUCGUUACGAUGUGCAUGGGUUGCUCCGAGACUGCAUAGAAAUGUUUGAGGACACCAGACAUCUCCCAGAAACAAGGAAGCGGUUUUGUAAGGUGUUCGCACGGCUUAUGAACGCCAUCAGUGAGAAGGUAGAUUCUUCCGAGUACCUGGAGGGACUGUGUCUGUACAACUUAGAACGUCAGAACUUCCAGAAACUUCUUACUGACGUCAUGUAUACCACUGAGGAUACAUACGGGCUCUACAUGGAACUGGCCCUCAAGGNGGGGGGGGGGGGGGGGGGGGAUCAAGCUGUCUUUCUUUUGGCGAUUAAUCCCUCGGCUCUGUUUGAAGUCUGCUUCCACAAUGAGAAGUAUACUAACGAAUUUGUAACAUAA